CCACCGAUUAAGGUUAAAUAAUUAGGAUGGCUCAGUGAUGCCUGUUAGCCGGUAACGGAGCAGAGGUGUGUUUUGAAUUCUGAACAGGUUUCUUGUGGAUCGUUUGAUGAGGCAGAUCUUUUAGGAGUGUGAGAGGAAUAUUGGAAUAUUCGGAAUAUCUUGGAUUGUUUUAGCAUCUAAAAAUCAUCAUGUUUUCGUUCAGGAAGGUCAGUUCUCAUUUCUCGAGGAUCGUCCACAAGCACAACCACCAGCACCAACACAGCAGCAUGGGCAACCGGGAAUCGGGAGAGAUGGGCGACGGCAUUGACCACGCCGGGGCGUCGACGAUCACCGUCCAGUCGUCAUCGUCAAAGGUCAUGAAAGAUAAGAUGAGGAAGAACAAGAAGGCCUCACCCAAGAAGAAAGACCAUGCCCAGGAUGAUCACGGUUUCCAUGACAACGGCAUGGGAGGCGGGGCGAUGGGAUCAGGGAUUGAUACGGGCGGGGGUAUAUCGCCGUCGAUAUCGUUUAAACAUGGUGAACGAUAUAAAGCCCUCUACGACUAUGAAGCCAGGACAGCUGAUGAUCUUACUUUCAGAAAAGGAGAAAUCCUUAUCAUCACAAAUAAGAGUGAUCCUAACUGGUGGUUAGCAUCUUCAGUGGUAUCUAAACGCGAAGGUUAUGUCCCUAGAAAUUAUAUCGAACCAGCAGAUCUAUUACAAUCGGAAGAUUGGUUCUUUGAGAAGAUGACAAGGAAAGAUGCAGAAAAGCAGCUCCAGCUCACGAGUAACUCCAGAGGAACGUUCCUCGUGCGUGGUAGCGAAACAAGUCCAGGCGCUUACUCACUGUCCGUGCUCGACCAUGACGACACACGAGGCUACAACGUCAAGCAUUAUCGAAUCAGAACCCUGGACAACGGAGGCUACUAUAUCAGCACACGUAUUACAUUCAAGACGCUCAGGGAUCUAGUCGAACAUUACCAAUCACAAGCUGAUGGACUAGUAUGUAGACUCAUGACAGCCUGUCCGAGACAGAAACCAGAUAUGUUUGAGAUCAGUAAGGAUGUUUGGGAGAUACCUCGAAGAUCUAUCAAACUGGUCAGGAGGUUAGGCAACGGUCAGUUUGGUGAAGUAUGGGAAGGUGUGUGGAACGACACAGUGAACGUUGCAGUGAAAACGCUGAAAGAGGGCGCUAUGGACCCGACCGCUUUCCUGCAAGAGGCCAACAUCAUGAAGAAACUCAGACAUCCAAAGCUUGUCGCCCUCCUAGCCAUCUGCUCAGAAGGGGCCGCCGAACCGAUUUACAUCGUGACAGAGUUAAUGACACAUGGCUGUCUUCUGCAAUACCUACACGACGGUGAGGGCAGACAUCUGAAAGAACCCGAGCUCAUCGACAUCACUGCUCAGGUAUCAGACGGUAUGGCAUACCUAGAAUCCCAGCGAUUCGUACACAGAGAUCUCGCAGCUAGGAACAUCCUGGUAGGUGAGCAUAGAAACUGCAAGGUAGCCGACUUCGGUCUCUCCAGAAUCAUCGAGGAUGAAUACAUCGCUAGAGAAGGUGCUAAGAUGCCAAUCAAGUGGACUGCCCCGGAAGCAAUCAAUUUUGGAAAGUUCACAAUCAAGUCUGAUGUCUGGUCAUUCGGUAUUCUUAUAUAUGAGGUCAUCACCAAGGGGCGUGUUCCUUAUCCAGGCAUGGUGAACCGUGAAGUACUGGACCAGGUUUCACGAGGCUACCGCAUGCCCAAGCCAGUAGAAUGCCCCGAACAACUCUACGACAUCAUGCGACAAUGUUGGGACGCCCAGCCCGAAAAGCGUCCGACCUUCGACUUCCUUCAUUCUUUCCUCGACGACUUCUACCAUGCUUCCGAAAUCCAAUAUCAGUGAUUCAUCAUACCACAGAGACCGAGUUUAAACCGAAUAAAAGAAUACACUGCCCCGAAUGGCCUAGAACCGGUCGGUGUGGAAUCGGUUUUGCAGUGAGACUGAUAACCCAGUUACAUCGACAAGAGCGAACUUAGACCGACUUUUGAUAAACCGAACAAGGAAAUUCAUGACCCCACCCCCGAAAGGCAAAGAAUCGGUUAGUUUGCUGUUGGUUUGGAGUCGGUUUGGUGGUGUGCCUGAGAUAUUAUAGGGUGCAAAGAUUGUGUAACAUGUUACCCUUGUACACCUGUCUUGAAUGUCCUCGAUUAGAGGUGUGAAAAAUAAAUGCGUUUCCUCAGAGGACAGAUGUUACAAAGCCAUAUUAACGAUCUUUGAAUUCGAUACCAAAAUUUACCAGCCGAGGGUGCUGGAUAACUAUGUUCAAUAUCUUGCCAUUUUUACAUGUGGUAACUGAAACGAAAGUGAGUUAUAGUUAUAUAAAUUACUAGCCAGAUAAUACAUUAUAUUUAUAUUCAUGAUAUUGUAAUUUCCACUCAAGAUUAGUUUUAGUUCGGACGGUGUGUCUUUUGUGUAACAUGAAGGAUUUAUGGGAUAGGACAUACCCUAGUUCUUUCCCUUAACUUGUAAAUGCUUCUUUCUUGUAAAGCACCUAUCCAAGCAAUGGCAAACAUUUGUACCUUACAAUUCUAGAGAAUGUUGAUGUUUUGAUUAGACAAAAAUUGGACAAAUAAUAUGUCAAGCUUUCAUCAUUAUGUUAAGUUUGGUAAUAUAGCGUGUAAAUCAGGUUCAUUUCAGGAAUUUACGUAGCUCACAUCGAUUAUUAUCACGAUUGUGAAAAACCAGUGUUUCAUUGAAUUUCGUAGAUUAAAGAUGAUCGUAAACUGCCAAUAGCACAGAAAAAAAAUUGUUAAAGGUCUCGCAAAAGAGACAUUCGAAAUGCAAUAUCUACUGUCUUUCUAUAUGAGAUGCACACACUUUGUGUCGCAGACGAAUGCAUACACAAUCAUGAUGGAUAUGAAUAAUGUGUCUAUUGUUUUUACCGAGGAAAAAAGGCUUACAUUUUAAACAUAUGUUCAUUAUUUUAUGGUGUGCGAAAUGAUGAUAUAGUGAACAAGAAACGUCUUUCAGUUGAAGAUAUUUGUGUAGAAAUUAUGAUAACAAAAUAUAUACUUCCAUUUUUUGUAAAUUCAAGUAAAAGAUGAAAUUAUGACCACUGAGAGAUUGGAAACUCAUCUGUCUUUCUGAGCAUUGAACCAAAGUGCCUACCAUGCUUUUAUGAAGGUUUAGAAUAAUCUUUUACAUCUUUUGAAGAUUCCUUUUCUUUCUUGGGGACUUCAACAAAAUAGUCCGCGCGCAUUGAACAAGGCAGAAAGUAUGUCUAGAAAUUAAGGGCAAAAUCGAAGUUAUAUUAAGUGCAAUUAAAUGUUACCAAAUGUGCCUUUGGGUCUAAUAUGUUCAUUUCAAUAAAAUCACAAAAGUGCCUUCGGCCCAAAGUUGUAAAAGCGUGCUACCUUAGUCCAGGUUUUAACCUCUGCCAAACUGUAAAUGUUCCACUAAAGGAUAAACCACCAAUUAUCAACCUUCUCAUUUCUUGAAACAAAAUGAACGAAGAAAAAUCAUGGAAUUUUGAAAUCAAUUUCUAAUGUGAAUUUCUCGACUAAAUUGAUUUCGUAUAUUCAAUUUUUAUUACAGUAUCUUGUAAAGAAGAAAGAAGUUAAUAAUCUGCGCUUCCUGGACUGAUUUAUUUAAUUUCAGGUCACUGUCGAUCUCUUUAUAAAUACGAGAUUUUAUAUUUACGAAUGCAUUCAAGAUGUAUAUUUUUGUUGGUGAAAGUACGGAGAGAGAGAAACAAGAAGAAGAAGAAUGUCACUCGAAUGAAAUGUUACUGCUAAAGUAAAUUAAUUGAUAUGAUGUUGACUACUUCCAUUGAAAAUUUAAUUUCAUUACAUAAAAUUGUUAUAUCAGAGGCAAAUUGUGGUUGGAAUAUUUCCAGAAUAUCACUAACAAGGAAUGCCCAUAGCUUUCCACUUUUAUCAGCUUGGGCUAAGCACAGUAUUGAGUGAUCACGCUUAUGCGUCCCUGCGAGGCUCUUUCGCACCGUCAAAUGUCACUUGGCGAACUCACAAGCGGUCGCGUAUAACACAUUAACGCGACGGUUCUAUGAAUAGCGCGUGCAAAACACACAGCACACUACAAUGAGCAUGAACAAUAACUGCUACUACGAAUGUGUGCAAGCACGCACAUGGCAGCAUAACAAUGGUUUUACUCGCAUGAGGCUAUGAGUUAAAUGAAGAAAUAGAUAGUGUGCAUACACGACAUAUAACAUGUUUCUAAUUUAUUAUAAAACAAAACUUCGAGGUCAAUCGUUCAUACACACAAUCAUCAGAUCAUUCUUUGUAUUUAUUACUUUCAAGACUUCACCACUCAAAUACAAAAUUCACCAUGGUCAUCGAAUGCAAAGAUUAAAGAGUUGUUUGACAAAGAGUUAAGAUUUCUUCAUUCUUCGUGCGAAAGAGCCACACAGAGACGUGGAAGCGUGAUCACUCACUGCUGACCUUUGCUCAAGCUGUUUUUGCAAUCACGAGAACUGAUGUAAAGUUUAUAUUCUUGAAAGAUUCCCAACCGUGUUUCAUAACCAUAUUGUAUAAAGAAAAAACUCAAGAUAAUGUUUUAGAGCGUUGUGUAUAAAGUGUAAGAAGAAUGUAAAUAGAGAUAUGUAUAGAGUACCGAAGUGCUCACGUCAUAUUCACGUGUCGUCCCGGUUACUGGUUCUAAACAACAGAGCCUGCGCAUGAGGUUCACCGCGAAAUCAUUCAAGCAACGGGGUGUAGCAGCAACCUUGACAAUUUGGCCAAUAUGACGUCACACCUCGGUACUCCAUAUGUUUAUAGUGCAAUCGUUAUUCAGUAUCGCUGCAUUUUUAAGAAAAGCAGGCGUUCAAUUUGUUCAUGAAAGGAUUUGAUGAGAGGUUAUGUGUAUUUUUGUACAUGUAGAUGAAAAAGGGAUAUAUGAAGAAGGAAUGUUUAGUGUGUUUGUAUGCAACUAUUAUCUUAGAAAAAAGGAUGGAGUUAUACGUAUGUACAUAGAAAUUCAGAUGUCUUAAUAUCACUAUGCAAUAUUAUGCAAGAAGUAUAAGCAAAUAAAGUGCACGUCAAACCAAA